AACAAUUACCCAAGUCUUAGCUACUUAAUACUCUCUCUACCCUUUAUAAGUAUCGAAACAACCUUAGAGUCUGUAUCAAUAUCCAACAGCAUUCAACUUGUAUCCUCAUUAAGGUUCAAUGGAAGAUUUAGAGUUUUUGUCAAUUUUUUCAUCCUCAAAUGGUUUCAAGAUGGGAAUGAUUAGUGUGCUCAUUAGUAUGGCUGUAUCGUCGGUCUUCCUUCACAGAUGGAGACAAAGGAAUGUCAAAGGCCCCAAAACAUGGCCUUUCGUAGGUGCAGCAAUCGAACAGCUAAUGAAUUAUGAUAGAAUGCAUGAUUGGUUAGCCAAUUUGUUAUCGGAGUCGAAAACAGUAAAGGUCCCUAUGCCAUUUACCACUUAUACUUACAUUGCCGAUCCUGCAAAUGUGGAACAUGUUCUUAAAACGAACUUCAAUAACUACCCAAAGGGUGAAGUUUAUCAUUCAUACAUGGAAGUAUUGCUUGGAGAUGGGAUUUUUAAUUCAGAUGGAGAGAUGUGGAGGAAGCAAAGGAAAACUUCAAGUUUUGAGUUUGCUUCUAAGAAUUUGAGAGAUUUCAGUACCAUUGUUUUCAGAGAGUAUGCAAUGAAACUCUCAAGUAUUUUAUGCCAAGCUUCGGUCGGAAACAAAGAAAUUGACAUGCAGGAACUAUUGAUGAGGAUGACUUUGGAUUCCAUAUGUAAAGUGGGAUUUGGUGUAGAAAUAGGGACUUUGGCCCCUGACCUACCUGAUAAUCACUUCGCUCAAGCUUUCGAUACUGCAAAUAUCAUUGUUACCCUUCGAUUCAUAGACCCUUUAUGGAGAAUCAAAAGAUUUCUUAAGGUGGGGUCUGAAGCGUUGCUUGAUCAAAGCAUUAAAGUCAUUAAUGAUUUUACAUACAGUAUGAUUCACAAAAGAAAAGCUGAAAUACAAGAAGCUAAAACAAGCAACAAGAAUGGUAAGAUAAAGCAUGACAUAUUGUCAAGAUUCGUCGAGUUGAGUGAGAAUCCAGACAACAACCUAACUGACAAAAGCCUUAGAGAUGUUGUUCUAAACUUUGUAAUUGCUGGGCGUGACACAACGGCAACAACACUGUCUUGGUUCGUAUACAUGAUGAUUGUGAACCCUCAUGUUGCAGAUAAGUUGUACCAUUACCUGAAAGAUUUUGAAGAGGACCAAGCAAAAGAGGAGAAAAUUUCUUUGGUUCCUUAUGAUCCGGAGGACCCAAAAUCUUUCGCUGAAAGAUUAGCACAAUUCGCGAGUCUAUUGACUUACGAUUCACUAAGCAAAUUAUCAUACUUGCAUGCAGCAAUCACUGAGACACUUCGUUUAUACCCUGCUGUCCCCCAGGAUCCGAAAGGCAUAGCGAAGGAUGAUGUUCUGCCAGAUGGAACCAAAUUGAGAGCAGGAGGGAUGGUGACUUAUGUUCCUUACUCUAUGGGCAGGAUGGUUUACAACUGGGGAUCAGAUGCAGCUUCAUUUAACCCUGAUAGAUGGUUUAACCAGGAGGGACUCUUUCAAAAUGCUUCUCCUUUCAAAUUCACAGCAUUUCAAGCUGGACCGAGGAUUUGUCUUGGGAAAGACUCCGCGUAUCUACAGAUGAAAAUGACACUUGCGAUCUUAUGUAGAUUCUUCAAUUUUCAUCUGAUCCCAAAUCACCCUGUUAAGUAUAGAAUGAUGACAAUUUUAUCAAUGCAGCAUGGUUUGAAACUUACUGUAACAAAAAGGUCUGGUUAACUGAUGUUGUGAUCGUUUAGCAAAUAACGGUGAUCGACUUGCAAUACCGUGAAAGAUAAAGGUUUAAUUAGAGUUUGGGUCGAUACCAAGAACCUCAUACGUAGUAGCUAGAGUUGCCAAAAACUGGUUGAUCGAUGAUUAAGUGAUGAUUGUGGUUGUUUGGUUUUUCUAGUACUGAUUAGGCUCUGUCUACCAUAUUAUGGUACCUUAUAAUUAAUGGUGAAUGCAAGUACUAAUAUAACUUCUUCUUUUUUAUCUUUUGCUAGGGUUAAACUCG